AUGCCCUCAUACGUGAUCAACGGAGCCUCAGGCGGCAUUGGCUUUGAGUUUCUACGACAGCUCUCCCUCAACCCUGCCAACACCGUCAUCGGCCUCGUUCGCAACGUCGAAAAGGUGGAAUCCAAGGUCAAGGCGGAGAUCAAUAGGAGCAAUGUCCAUAUCGUUCACGGGGACCUAGACAGCUAUGAAGUGCUAAAGGAAGCAAGCAUUACCACCGCCAAAAUUACUGGAGGAAGCCUCGACUACCUUAUUGCUAAUGGUGCUCGAAUGCCCCAAGAAUCCGCCUUCGUCGGAUUUGGAGAGCUGGGAAAGAACCCUGCCGCCCUGGAGGAAGAUAUCCUCGCAGAUUCGAAGACUAAUAUUAUUGGAAAUAUUCAUCUGUUCAACCUCUUCCUGCCGCUACUGCUCAAGGGCGAGCAGAAAAAGGUCGUUUUCAUAUCUUCGGGUGUCGCCGACCUCGAUCUGAUCUCCAAGUAUGAUAUCGCAGUCAAUGGACCAUACUCCCUCGCAAAGGCCGCAACGAACGUCGUCGUGGCCAAGUUCCAUGCCGAGUACGCCAAAGGUGGGGUGCUUUUCAUGAGCAUCAGCCCGGGAUUUGUUGACACGGGACAUUCGGACACUAGCAACUUGACGGAGGAACAACAGAAGGGCUUGGCGUCAAUGGUAGCCUCAUUUCAGAAAUACGCACCGCAUUUCAAGGGCCCCCUAACCCCCGAGGAGUCCGUCAAGCAAGUCAUCUCAGUUUACGAGAAAGCGAGUCUUGCCAAUGGAGAUGGAGGUUCUUUCGUCUCCCAUUUCGGGACUAAGCAAUGGCUUUGA